CUUGCGCUCGAAGAUACUUGCACGCAUCACAGACAGGCGCCAGUCAGUCAAAGCAAAGCCCCAAGUUCACAUUGAUCUUGCAGCAGAGGAGAUAAAAGAUGUGUGUGCGUACCAAGACGUCUUGGGGCUGUGGACAUGAAUUCAAAACCACCAAUGAAUGUCAUUCUUCUAGAUGUCAAGGCUUGGAGAGGUACCACUACGAAAAGGGCCGUGAUUGUCGGAACUGCAAAGAAGGUGGAUAUGCAAUCACGCGAGGUCGCGAGGGUAAAGGUCGAUACGCGCAAGGACUGAGCAGAAGGAAUCACUCUGCCGAAUCAUCGAACGAGUCAUUUGACGUUGGCUCUGGAGUAAGCCCAUGGGCAAACCCCAACAAGCGCGAGAAGGAGUGGCACAGUCCUUCACGGAUGAAGGCAGAUGACGCCUGGCUGCAAGAGCACGUCGACAGAAACUCUGACUUGCAAACUAUCCGAGAAUCGAUCUCCGGCUCCGACAGAGCAUCAUCAACCGUCCAUUCUCCCAUCGGCAGGACUGAGAAAGUGUACGAGUACGAAGAAGACCUUCAGCAGGAGAGUGACGACUAUGAGUAUCAUCGUCGACCAUCUACAGCCUCUAGAGCCCUCAAAAUCGAGCUCAGAAGCACGCAUGGCGACUACGAUCGCGGUAGUCGUCGCCCGACUCAUGAUCGACGCCGACAAAGUAGCCAGGAGAGCUUUGGAAGCCCCCACAGCAGUACGGAGUAUCAGCAUCGACGAUACAAGCCAGGCCCAGCGUCACACACCACGUAUGAGCAUCAUGAACCCUACGACUCCGGAUAUGGGUCUUACAGUUCGCGAAACUCACCUGGUCAACACAGUCACAGCCACGGCCACACAGUCUUGACUGCAAAGACGGAGCCCUACAGGUACUCGCCUGAGCCACGUGUUGUCACCAUGAAACCAUACACACCACCACCCAUGAGCUCCUACGGCACCUAUCAUACCGGGUUCGGAGUCCGAGGUGUCAACGUCGUCACAAGAGCUCCAUCGUAUGCGUACACUAUCCCAAGACAUUGAAGAGCUCUGCUAUGCUAUAAUCCGCAAGCUGCAUUGCGAUUGAGAUAUACUUGUUCCAGACAAGUCAAGAAGAUCUACAGAUUAACGAUGCACUCCGUCAUUCUUCGUGCAGAAGAGCGACCAUCUGAGCGAAGGUGUAUGGUGUUUCCGCUUGUUUUUUCCUAUCUGGGAGGUUCCGGUCGAUCAGGUAUCCGUCGAAUGGACCGCUUUGUCAUGUAAUUGUAUCGCCAAAUGCCAAAUGAAUCUAUAUAUCCACGCUUAUGUUCGCGAACUUCUGCUUUACCCGGCUGAUUCGGUAGGCCGAGGAAAUACUAGUACUCCGUACACUCGCCGUACUCGGUGCUUGUACG